AGAGAUCAUGUGAUAAGCCUGUACAUUGUCUGUUUUUCCACAGCUUUGCUGGAGGCUGAAGCUCGUUUCAAGGAGAACAAAAUCAAACGAGAGGCCAAGGAAGCGCAAGAAAACAGCCGAAAGCCACCCCCUUAUAAGUUUAUCAAGGUGAAUAAACCGUACGGUAAGGUUCAGGUCUACACUGCGGACAUUUCUGAGAUCCCGAAGUGUAACUGCAAGCCGUCAGUGGACAGGCCGUGUGGGUUUGAGUCGGAGUGUCUGAACCGCAUGCUGCAGUACGAGUGUCACCCGCAGGUGUGUCCCAGCGGGGUGCGCUGCUGUAACCAAGACUUCACCAAACGCCUCUACCCCGAGACCAAGAUCAUCAAGGCGCCCGGGAAGGGCUGGGGCCUGAUCUCUCUGCGGGACAUCAAGAAG